GUGGGAGCUGAGCUUCGAGUCCUGCGUGAGUCCGCGGCAAGGGGGAAAGCGCGGUGCUUAGGUCCUGCCCUGGGGCGGUCCUGGAGGGGCGGGCCAGGGGGUGGUGUGGCGGCGCCCGCAAACGGCUGACACCGAGGCGCCGGAGCCGGCUGCACCCGCCCUGUAGCCGAGCUCCUCGGCCGGGAUUUGGGGCUUCGGGGCCCCCGGCUCUUGUGGACGCCCGCCAUCCUUGCGCGGGGCCCGGGGCGCCUUCCUAACUGGGCGCAGCUGGUUUCGGGGCCAAGGAGGUGUGGGGACCUGAAGAUGGCGUCGGGUCCGGGCUUCCAGGACCGGGAAGGGCUCCUGAUAGUGAAACUGGAGGAGGACUGCGCCUGGAGCCAGGAGCUGCCCCCGACAGACCCAGGACCCAGCCCGGAGGCCUCCCAUCAGCGCUUCAGACGGUUCCGCUUCCAAGAGGCCGCUGGGCCCCGGGAAGCCCUCAGUAGGCUCCAGGAGCUUUGCCAUGGGUGGCUGCGGCCUGAAAUGCGUACGAAGGAGCAGAUCCUGGAGCUGUUGGUGCUGGAGCAGUUUCUGACCAUCCUGCCCCAGGAGAUCCAGAGCAGGGUGCAGGAGCUGCAUCCGGAGAGCGGCGAGGAAGCGGUGACUCUGGUGGAAGAUAUGCAGAAAGAGCUUGGGAGACUGAGGCAACAGGUGACAAACCAUGGGCGGGGAACAGAAGUGCUUUUGGAGGAGCCUUUGCCUCUGGAAACAGCACGAGAGUCACCGAGCUUCAAGCUGGAGCCAAUGGAGACUGAGCGAAGCCCUGGCCGCAGGCUGCAGGAGCUGCUAGGCCCCAGCCCCAAAAGGGAUCCCCAGACUGUAAAGGAGAGGGCAUUAUCUGCUCCCUGGCUUUCUCUCUUUCCUCCCGAAGGAAACAUGGAAGACAAGGAGCUGACUGGGCCCCAGUUGCCUGAGAGCUUAGAGGACGUGGCUAUGUACAUCUCCCAGGAGGAGUGGGGGCAUCAGCAUCCUAGUAAGAGGGCCCUCUCCCAGGACACGGUGCAGGAGAGUUAUGAGAAUGUGGACUCACUGGAGUCUCAGGUUCCCAGUCAGGAGGCCCUGAGCACCCAGGUGGAACAAGAAGGAAAGCCCUGGGAUCCCAGUGUCCAGACUUGCAAGGAGGGCCUGAGCCCCAGAAGCCCAGCUCCAGGGGAAGAGAAGUUUGACAACCUGGAAGAAAGUGCUCAGUCCGUUUGCCCUGAGAGCAUUCACUCUCGGGCGCUGCUGCCUGGCCAGGCCAGAGGGGAGGUACCCUGGAGUCCUGAGCAGGGAAGGCCUCGUGACAGGGCAGAAGAGCAUUGGGAGCCUCCCCCAGUGGUUCGGAUGGAGCAGUCCUUAGUGGGGGCCACAAGUUGCAGAGAACUGGGGCGGCCAAAAGAACUGCAGCCGAAGAAGCUCCAUUUAUGUCCCUUGUGUGGCAAAAAUUUCUCUAACAACUCGAACCUGAUUAGGCACCAGAGAAUACACGCAGCAGAAAGACUGUGUAUGGGUGUGGGGUGCGCUGAAAUCUUUGGCAGGAAUCCCCACUUUUUGUCACUACACAGAGCACACUUGGGAGAGGAGGCCCAUAAGUGCCUCGAGUGUGGAAAAAGCUUCAGUCAGAAUACCCACCUGACUCGGCAUCAGCGUACCCACACAGGUGAGAAGCCCUAUCAGUGUAACGAGUGUGGAAAGAGCUUCUCUUGCAAUUCCAACCUCCACAGGCACCAGAGAACGCACACAGGUGAAAAGCCCUACAAGUGCCCUGAGUGCGGGGAGAUCUUUGCUCACAGUUCUAACCUCCUUAGGCACCAGAGAAUUCACACAGGAGAGAGACCUUAUAAGUGUUCCGAGUGUGGGAAAAGUUUCUCUCGUAGUUCUCACCUUGUCAUUCACGAAAGAACUCAUGAGAAAGAGAAGCUGUACCCCUUCUCUGAGUGUGGGGAAGCAGUGAGUGACAGCACCCUCUUUCUUGCCAAUCAUGGGACCCACAAGGCAGAGAAGAAACUCUUUCAGUGUAUAACUUGUGGGAAAAGCUUCCGGCAGGGCAUGCACCUCACCAGACACCAGAGAACACACACAGGAGAGAAACCAUAUAAAUGUACCCUCUGUGGGGAAAACUUCUCUCAUAGAUCCAACUUAAUCAGACACCAGAGAAUUCACACGGGAGAGAAACCCUAUACCUGUCAUGAGUGUGGAGACAGUUUCUCUCACAGCUCCAAUCGGAUUCGUCAUCUGAGAACCCAUACAGGAGAGAGACCCUAUAAAUGUUCUGAAUGUGGAGAAAGCUUUUCUCGGAGUUCACGCCUUAUGAGUCAUCAGAGAACUCACACUGGAUAGAAACAAUGGGAUUUCUUUUGGGCCCAGAUAAGGUGGCAUAUUCAGAGGGUCCUCUUGUUAAGAGCUGGUAUUUCUUACCCAGCAUGAUCUGCAUCUUUAAGGUAAUUACUCCAAAGAGGAACCAGGGGAGGGUUGUUGUGAGGGAGGUGCAGAGGCAACAAAGGAUUAGCGUAAAACUGAAAAGGAAUUCUGUUGGAACUAGUGAGGAUGGCAAGUCUUUGAAGUGACCCUCUCAGUGUGGAAUCCCCUCUGAGGUUCUUCCAGUCUCAGGGCACACCUACCCCCUCAGCGUAUUUAGCCAACUUGAGACUGGGGUGCCUUACUGUGUCCAGUGUGUAUCCCAACAACUUUGGGAAUCCACAGACUUCCUGGUGUUGCUUCCUCACUUGGGACAUUCAUCAGGAGCUUUUGGGCUCCUGAGGCCCUUGAGACCAAAGAAGAGGGGCCAGGUCUCCUGGGAGACCAGCUGGAGGCACCGAAAAACUGGUGGUGAGUUGCAGCUCUUCUGAAGGCCUGGCUGAGAAGCCACAAGCAAUCCUGGCACCCGCCACAGUACCCUCAGUGACCUGACAGUAGGGCUUAUUGGCAGGUCAUGCAUGUAACUGUCACCUCAAACAAAAAGGAACCAGAGACCUAAGGGAAAUAGUAAGAUGGAAUUUGCAGGUCAGCCAGGAAUUGGCAGAGGAAACUGGGGUCUUAAUUAGUUUACCCUUUGCAAAGAUCAAGUCCUCAGAGGGUUCCAUGAAAGAUGGGUUCCCUGGGAGACUUUGAAAAUGUGGAUCCUGGGGAAAUUAGGAAUCAUGCCUUUCCCUGUUGAAAAUAUGUUUGGAUGGUAAUAAAUAUCUUCAGGAAACAUGA